ACUGGUGUCUUUAUUUACCAGUUAUUUGACUUUAUAGCAGUAGAAUAGUCUUCAUGUCAUGUUUCAUGUUGCUUGAAGGUUCUCACUCCCGUGUUGCUGAGCUCAUCGUGUGAACAAUGCAGCGUUUGUACAUUGCAGCUGUUUUUUUGUGGGCUGUCAGUGUGACAGAAGGAAAGGCCUUGCAUUCCCUACCUGACUUUGGGAACAGCUAUCGUGUCAAAGGAGUGAUCUCUCUGCCAUACGCCGAGAUUGUUGAGCCUUUUCAGGCUUGGUUUGACCUAGAAGCAAAGUCCAGCCGUAUAGACUACUACCAUGGCCAAGUUUCAACAUACCAGUUGGCGGCACAGCCGGAGUUUGGCAUCUCCUAUAAAAUCACUCCCGAGACCACUGAGAUGGAGCAAAAUGUGAUGAAGUGCUUCCAGGUUAAUGGAACAAAAGAUGAAGCAGUCACACCACAGGCAUCGCUGCCGAACGUGCAGGGCUUCCAGUUCCUGAGACUGGAGUACUAUGGAGGUUCCCUGUGUGAGGUUUGGCAGAAUGUGACCACUGUGGGUCACAAAAAAAACACAUAUACACUGUGGGUGAUGAAAUCGGAGAAAAGUGUGGAGGGCAAAUGUACUUCCACUCCCCUCCAUUAUGAGAUGAUGGGAUACAACACGCUGCUGGGGUCGCAUUAUGACAAGUACUUGGUGGAUUACAAGGAUUUCAGCAGUCACUUUGACCCCAAAGUCUUCUCACUGCCUGAAGGGAUGAGCUGUGGCGGCUUUCCAGGUCCAGGAGUUGAGCACCACCUUCUGGUUAAUCCGAUGCAAGAUCUCAUUCACACAUCAGCUUCUGGACACUCGCAGAAGAUGUUCAGUCAUUUCAAAGAGAAGUUCCAGCGUCAGUACGGUGACGAAGAAGAGCACGACAAGAGGGAGCAUGCUUUUGUUCACAAUCUCCGGUAUAUCCACUCAAAGAACAGAGCAGGGAUCUCAUUCUCCCUGGCUCUGAACUCCCUGUCAGAUCGUACCAUGUCUGAGCUGGCAACGAUGAGGGGAAGAAAGCAAAGGAAGACUCCAAAUAAAGGGCGCCCCUUUCCCACUGAGCUCUACAAGGCGGUGAAUCUACCCGACUCACUUGAUUGGAGGCUAUAUGGUGCUGUGACUCCAGUGAAGGACCAGGCCAUCUGUGGCUCCUGCUGGAGCUUUGCCACCACUGGAGCAGUAGAGGGUGCUCUCUUCCUAAAGACGGGUUCCCUGCAGGUUCUCUCUCAGCAGAUGCUGGUGGACUGUUCCUGGGGUUUCGGCAAUAACGGCUGUGACGGAGGGGAGGAGUGGAGGGCAUACGAGUGGAUUAUGAAACAUGGAGGCAUCGCCACAACAGAAACCUAUGGGGCCUAUAUGGGAAUGAAUGGAUUUUGCCACUUAAACUCAUCCCAGCUUACUGCACACAUCCGGAGCUACACAAACGUCACGUCUGGCGACGCAGAGGCCCUCAAGGUCGCUCUCUUCAAAAACGGGCCGGUGGCCAUCAGCAUCGACGCGUCGCAUCGCUCAUUUGUUUUUUACAGCCACGGCGUCUACUAUGAACCUGCGUGUGGCAACACCACAGAUGACCUGGACCACGCCGUGCUUGCUGUGGGAUAUGGCACCUUGAACAAGGAGCCUUACUGGCUGGUAAAGAACUCUUGGUCUACUUACUGGGGCAACGACGGCUACAUCCUCAUGUCCAUGAAGGACAACAACUGCGGUGUCGCCACCGAUGCUACAUACGUUACGCUGGCAUAGACUCUGCCCGCGUCCUUUGGUCCCUUCACUUAAAGCCACUUUGAGUGACAACUAAUGCUGGAUGUGUGAAGAUGCAGCGUUUGCAUCAUGUUCAACUGCCUGAUAUUAGUGUUAAAUCUUGCUGCUGUGAUACUGCACAACUUGCACACAUAAGAAAUACUCAUUUUCAAACAAGUUUAUUGCUGGAGGCACCAAGGCACAAUGCCUUCGUUACAGUUUGGCAAAGUACAUUUGGUGACACAUUUUGACAUGUUUGUCUUAAAAAUGUUGCAUUUAAGUAAACUGGAAUAAUUGCAAUUUUUAAAAUAUUAAACAUGUUCAAUUUGCAUUGAGAUCUCUGGUUAA